UUAUUUGAUAAUAUUUAAGACUAGUCAAAAUUAUUUUUUUUACAUUAUUCUUUAUUUCUAAAAAGUAAAAUUCUAAUUUCAAAAUUCAUAAGUUGAUAAAUUGAUAAUAACCAUAAUAUAUCAUAUUAUAUCAUAUAAUUAACCAAAAUUCAACCUUUAGGAAAUAAUAUGUACAAUUAAUUGUUAAUAAUUACUUAAAAUAAUAAUUUAAUAAUUAUUUGUAUAUUAUACUAAAUAAAACUGAUUGCAUUGAGUGUAAAAAUGACAUUUAGUGUGUUAAUGGCAAAAAAUGUUCAAAAAUGUUUCAAAUUUAUAAUGGGUCCACAGACAAUCAGAUAUUUUUCAUCAAAACUGGCUGAAGAAGACUUAAAAGUAACUGAUGAUUGUAUAAAACGUCUUGAAGCUAUUUGUGACCAAGAUGAAUUCCUUCGUCUCAGUGUUGAAAGCGGUGGCUGUUCUGGAUAUCAAUACAAGUUUGAACUAGAUAAAACUAUUGCAGUAGAUGAUUGCAUUUUAGAAAAGCAAGGUAUUAAGAUAGUUGUGGAUACAACUUCCUUAAAUUAUAUCAAAGGAUCAACAAUUGAUUAUGAACAACAGUUAAUCAGAGCUGCUUUUAGAUUAAUUAGGAAUCCAAAAGCACAGGAUGGAUGUUCUUGUGGUGCAUCAUUUUCUAUAAAAAUUGACUAAUUGUAUUUUACUUACCUGUGUUUUUAGUGUAAAUAAUAGUAUAAUAUAAAAUAUGUUGUUAUUAAUUUUUUUUACAUGGUUAUAAUAUUUAAAAAAUAUAGUAUUUUUGAAAUGUUUA